AUGCGUCAGUCGAGUGUUAAAGUGCUGCACUCGAGGCGGCACGAAAUCAAACAACGGCUCCUACAACGUAAUUUAGUGAAACGUGAUGAAUUAAGGCAAUCGAUGCUGGGUGGUUGCCGGGAGCAGUCCACUAAUACUAAUGGGAGCAGUAUCCCAGUUUCGGAUGCGUAUGCUUUCAUUGAGGCAGAGUUUCAAUGUGAUGUGAAUGAUCCCCAUGUGCUUGAUCUCCUCCUUGCAGUUGAAGAGGAAAUCAGGAAUGAGCAGCUCUUGGCACUGUAUGAAGAGAAUCAAGAUGAAGACUGGGAGGCUUACUACAAAUCCCUUGCCAAUUCAUAA